UGGCGCAGAUAUGCGAGCCUGCGCCGAAUGCUAGAGGUGAUAAAAUUGUUUUGUGUGUUUUGUGCGCAAAACAAAUAAGAUAUUUAUUAGAAAAAAAACCCGCUGGUGCCAUCGCGGGUAAAUCUCCGGUCGACUGGUAGCAGAGCUGGCGAACGGCCGCUGGGGCGCCCUCUACUUACCAGCCCCGGCUCAACCAGAUGGCGCUGCUGGGCGCAUUCCGCUGAGGACCGGCCAGGGGAUGCUUACAUCGGUGAUCUCGGGCGGCAGGACGAAACAGUACAGACAAACAAAUCUGUGUGCCGACUCCUGGCGUCCCUCAUAGGCGGAACAGGGUGGCUGAUCGCUGUGGGCCACGACAGGCGACGAUGGCGACCUCUGCGCCUGUGAAGGCCACUGCUCUGGGCGCGCCACACAGGAGAUAGAGAUGAGCCAUCACCCAGCUGUCUACGGCACCAUGGACUGUGCGCUGUGCGGCUCGGAGGUGGGCGGGGGCGGCGGCAGCACGGACACGACCCUGCCGUACUCCAAGAAGACGGUGUUUGAGCUGCUGUUUGAGGCGGGCCACCCGGUGCAGAAUCGUGCCCGGCUCUGCGAUUCCUGCGUGUCGGCUGUGAACGAGCUCGAAUGGACCACGUCGCGCGCGGUCCGCGCCCGGGAGAAGAUCACGGAGCGAGCUAUGAUGAAGCCCGGCAGCAUCGCUGUGAAAGAGCAGGCACAGAGCUCUGAGCAGGGGCCGACUGAUCAGUCUGCACCUGAUAAACGAGCUGGGGAUGACGGCGUGGCUGAGGCGGCGUCAGCACGCGCUCAGCGGCCGCCACGACCGCGCAAAAGCCGAGGUUGGGUGAGACGGCGGCCCAAGGUGCUCGUACGCAGUGAGAGCGACGAGAACACUGAGGACACCUCUGGUGCGCACGCUGGCGGUGCCGGUGGUGACGGUAGUGGAGUGGUGAUGCCCGUGGACCCCAGUGCAGUGAAAAAGGAGCCGAUGGAGAUUGGUGAAACGACGGACGAGGGCGGGGGUGGGGAUGGCCCGGCGGCCGGCUCGGCCAGUGUCCCGGGGGUCGCAAAAGAAGCCAAGAACGGUAAACGACCCGACUGGAACGAACGGUGGCGAAGCAGGACUCUAAAAAACACGUCGUGGCGUGAGCGACUGCAGGGAGAGCGCGACAGGAAAUUGUUGGAGGCGGAACUGGCUAACCCGCUGACCAUUCACCCUACGGAGCGUGCUAGCGAGGAGCCCGGCGCGGCGGCGAACGGCGGCGCCGGCGCGACCUCCUCAGCCGGCGGGGAGGGCGUCGCUCAGCCGCCUGGCGAGAGCAUGUUCCGCGUCGGUCGCAAGGUGGUGACGAAGCAAAUCGACGGCUCGGCGGCGCCGGCCGUGAAGCUGGUGCACCGUAAGAGCACCGGCCAGUCCAAGGUCACUUUCCUCGACCACAAGAAGGCGAUGCGGCACGCGGCGUGGAUAGACCGGGUGCAGGCGAUGCAGUCUGGUACCACAGUACUAGACAUGGCCGGUGACGAGACGGAUACACCCACACGGCCGGCCAAGAGGAAGCGGCCGCCGCGCGUGCUAACCAAGCCGCCGACUGAGGAGCCGUGCGCGCUGCCCUCCGAGGUGGCGUGGAUGGCGGGUGGGGGUGAGACCGAGUCGCCUUGGCUGGCACCAGAGGGAGCCGUGCACGCAGUGCUUGAGGUGCAGCCCGGCGAGGCCUGGGUGGACGCCAUCGUGCGCUCAGAGGCCGCAGAGGACUGGGGCAGUGGAGAGCAGGCGCCGCUGCCCGUCCCGCUGACCAAUAUAAAGAGCGAGCCGCCCGAGUGACGAAGGCGCGGUGUCGUCUUACCGGCAGGGACGCGGGACAUGGCGGCGGUAUGUGGUUCUACGGUUGGUGGAGUGAUUCCAUUGGUUUGACCCUGGAUAGUUUCUUAGCCAGUCCGGGUGUAAUGAAUAUGUGCUCAGCUGUCAUUUCACUGUCAUCUGUAGUAGUUACUUGCUGCCCCACGUCAUACGUUUUGAUAGAGCGCGGUUCUUGUAGAUCGAAGGGCCCUAAGGACUGCUGUCCAAAUCGCGUUCCCUUCGGUUAGCAUGAAUGACCCUGCAACUUGUUAAGGUUACGUUUGGACUUUGGAUUCAGCCCAAUGAGCCGCGUUUUAUUCGUGUUCUAGUACAAACUUGCUAACUGAAUCCUAAGAUUUCUAAUCCAAUCCAACGAAUCCUAAGAUUCUUGCUUUGAUACCAUAUGUGACUGCUCUAUUAUAGUGUAUGAUGCUAGUAUUAAGUGUUUGUGCGACGUCGUGAAUGAUGUGCAGUGGAAACUAUGUUUUCAGAUAGUUUGCCCAUUUCUCACUUGAAGUUCAGAGGAAUACAUUCUUUCCUUGUUUCUGA